AUGGCUUUUGAGCGAAACGACGAUCUAGGCGCUCUCAAAGAUUCUCUUCUGCGCGUUCUCCUGCUCACCAUCAAGCCCGACAUCAUCAGUCCGCAAGUCCGUCUCUCCGCCCAUUCCCAGCAAGUCCGCAACCGUGGCUCCUGGCGCUCCACGACCGAGACGUUCGACAUUUCCGUGGUUCUGGAGCAGCUGAGCCGCGCCGAAGUGCUUCUCUACACGCUCUUCGAGCUGCACAUCCUCAGCGAGGCGCAAACCUCCUCGUUGGUGCGCUUCCUCAGCGAGGAGCCGUCCCAACUCCAGCGCUUUGCGAGGCUCACCGAUGUGGUCGGUGCGCCGCUCCUCGACCCCUCGCUCUAUCAGCCCUUCCUGCAGCAGUGCGAGCAUCGCUCGUCCCGCACCGACCACCGUCUCACGGACGCGCUGCCGGCGGAUUACCCCACCGGGCAGAUCACCGAGCAGCUGCUGAAGCUGGAGCGCGAGGGGUCGCUCUCGAAGACGGAGUACGCCGUGCUGUAUCGGCGAAGCAUGGACCGCUCCGCGGUGGUUCGGCACUGCUACGACGAGUUCGUGAAGGACCACGAUUUAGCGACGCUGCGGAAGAAUCUGCAGCUGUAUCUGCGCGUUCUGGAGGCGCUGCGAUCGCCGUUGGCGCAGGUCAGCAAUCCGCAGCACGCAGCGAUUCUGGAGGAGCUCCAGCGCACGGAAGCGCUGUCGGAAGCGGAGCUGCGCUGGGUGGUGGACGAGUACUGCGGCGGGAACGAAGUGGUGGUGAAUUCGUUCGAUGUGUGUGUGGAGAGCAAGAACGUCGAGGGAUUGGCGUCGAUGCUUCGCAGGCUGAAGCAGAUGGUGGAGAGUUAUCAGCUGCGAGACGAAGCCAAGUCGUUCUUCGAGACGCUGUUCCGAGAAAUGGUGGAGAGCGGCGUAGUCUCUGUCGCGCAGAGCGAGAUUUUGUUCGAAUUGCUGCAGGAAUCGAGUCCAGUGCUGGUGGAACUCUACGGAGAAUAUCUGCGAUCGCAGGACUUUGAGGGACUGCUGGGAGCGCUGAUCGUGCUGUGUACUUUAGGAGGCAGGCGAGAAGAGGGAGAGGACGAGGAUCUGCUGCUUGAGGGAGGAGAAGCGGAGGUCGAGCCGUGGAAGAUUUCCGAAGAAGACAUUGAUCGGGUUUUGGAGGAGAUUGGGAAAAAGGAUUUGGGAAUGCGGAGAGUGGCGGAGGAGUUGUUGGAGAAGGGAGAUGAAGAAGGAAUCAGCGCUGUGGGCUCGGGCGAAGAGUUUGAUUCGUAG